AACUGCAGUAUCAAAACGUCAGAUUUGUAGGUUAUAAUAGAACUAUUUGUCAAAAUAUAUUUUUUUUAGAAUUAAACAAUUUGUUGUCGAUAAAAUGUUAAAUGAAUCGAAUGAUAACAAUUCAGACAACAUACCUGAAAAUACAAAUUUCUCCUUUAAACCCAAAAAGCGAAAGCCACUGAGAAAAAGGGCAUCCUCAAACGAGAGUGGGUCAGAUGAAAACGAAAUUAACACAAACUUAGAAGACCUAAAACUACUACAAAACCUGAGAAAGAGGCCCCGUGGAGUAAACAUAGUUAGUAUGACCAUAGGCAAGAAAAUAUCAGGCGAAGGAGAAAGCCAAACUAGCGACACAUUCAAAGCAAAAGCAGGUGGAAUGGUCAAUAUGCAGGCAUUGAAAAAUGGCAAACUGAAGCAAAUCGAUGAUGCCUAUGAUACAGGGAUUGGCACUCAAUUCUCAGUAGAAACUAAUAAAAGGGACGAGGAUGACGAGAUGAUGAAAUAUAUUGAUGAACAAUUAGCUAAACGAAAGGGCAAAGGAACAGAUAUUAAAAAAGAUGAAGGUGAACAAAGUUUUUCAAAAACCAAAUACUUAUCCCCCGAGGAGGCCGCUUUACAGGCUCUUCCUGAUCAUUUGAAGGAGUCUUCACACAGGAAAAACGAGGAAAUGCUUUCAAAUCAAAUGCUAAAUGGCAUUCCGGAAGUUGAUUUGGGAAUUGAAGUGAAAAUAAAAAAUAUUGAAGCCACAGAGGAAGCAAAAUUAAGACUGUUGUGGGAACAAAACAGGAAAAAGGAUGGCCCAUCACAAUUUGUACCCACAAAUAUGGCAUCUAAUUUUGCUCAGCAUAAUCGCUUUAACGUGGAUGUCCCAGAGGUUCCUAUCAAGAAAUUGAAGCCAGAAAACGAAGAUAAGAAGUCAAAAAAAGACGAAAAGGCCACUGAUGACUAUCAUUACGAAAGGUUCAAGAAACAGUUUAGAAGGCACUAACGUCACAAUGAUAAUUGUCCUCAUUUUUAAUCAGAAAUUGUGUAUUAAAGGAAUAGCUGUUUAUUAAGUCCUUUCGUAUGAUAAUUCUUAUAUUGUAGUAGGUACAUGUAUUUAUUUACUAAUUAAGGAGAUGUAACGUACAAGUAAUUGUAUAUUUGUUUCUUAAUUAUAAGAAAGAAACAUUGUUUUGACUUA